AUGAGGUCUGACAUGACGUUCACGGUGAAAAACAGUCAUCACAUGGAUAAUACGCGGAAGCGAAGCAACCAAGUCCAAAAAUGGGUAGGGUUAGGUGACUUUUACAUACCAACAGCCUUGGCACAGGAUCCACACGAGAGAAGUGUUGGAUCUGGAAAGGAUAAGAGUUUGGUAACUCACCAAGUGAAAGGACUGUGCCCACGAGGGCAGCAGCCCUCAGAUAGAGGCGGAUCAUGCGAGAUCCAGCAGUUGAACUCGCGACGGAGUGGGGAACGAGCGGGGCGUGGCUCGUCUAGUGGGGGAAGGAUGUUCUCCGUCACCGCCGAGAUGACGACGUCGACGACGAUCCCCACCCGCUCCCGUAGUCCGUCAUGA